AUGCAACACUCGAAUCAGCAAGUCGCACCUGUUGCGAACAUGAAGCGAGAGCCCAACGAAGAGCUCUUCAUACCAGAGGGCACGUCAAGCAACAAGCGCCCACGGGUCCGCGAUGCCCGAGAGACAGCCGCCAAUGGGCGUGAGACCGACGUGAACUAUCUGAAUCCCAAAGCCCCACGUAUCGCCACGAACCAUGUUCUGUACCCCGGUAUCGAGCAACAGAUGCGGACGAUGGUGGAAACAUUCCUUCGAUCACACGGAAGGGCGACGACGGCAGGCCUCAAGAACAAACAUGUCGGCACGUCCUGCGAGGAGAUCAACAAGUACACCAACGUGCAAGACUCGUAUCCCUAG